GGAGGGAAAUAUGAUGUACUAUGCAAUAGGAGAGAGAAAGAGGAAAAGUUAGAGGAAAGUUUCUCCUAAAGUUGGGAUCAAUUCCACUUUCAACACAAUACUCAUCAAUCUCCCAUGAAAAAUAAUACUAAUACGUCAAAAAGAAAAUACUAGGACAAUGGGAAGUGCCAAUGUUGCAUCAACACUUGUCUACAUGGCAGAGAGGUGCACUUCCAUGCGAGAACUCAAGCUCAUCCACGCCCACGCCUUCCGCACGUGCCUCCACCAACACACCGUCGUCCUCGGCAAGCUCUUCCGCUUCGCCGCCGUCUCUCCCUUCGGGGACUUAUCCUAUGCCCACAGCAUGUUUGACCAAAUGCCCCAUCCAUCCACCUUCUUCUACAACACCCUCAUCCGUGCCCAUUCCCACUCCACUACCCCUUCCCUCUCCUCCCUAUUCUUCCACAUCAUGAGGCAAAACGACGUCGCUCCAGAUGAAUUUUCAUUCACCUUCUUGCUUAAGUCACGUUCUUUCACCACCCCUUUUGUCCACGACACACACAGCGCCGUUUUCAAGUUUGGUUUUUCCCGCCAUUUGCAUGUUCAGAACGCGUUGAUACACAUGUAUGCUGUUCGGGGACUGACCCUUUUGGCUCGUAGGGUUUUUGAGGAUGCCCUUAAAGUGGGUUUGGAUGUUGAUAUUGUGUCCUGGUCUGGGUUGCUUGUUGCGCACUUAAGAGCUGGUGAAUUGGAUGCUGCACGAAAGGUAUUUGAUCAAAUGCCUGAGAGAGAUGUUGUUUCCUGGACCAUCAUGUUGUCUGGUUAUUCGCAGGCCAAGCGGCCUCGUGAGACCUUGGCAUUGUUCCAGGAGAUGAGGCUUGUCGGGGUGUGGCCGGACGAGGUUACCAUGGUGAGCGUGAUUUCAGCUUGUGCGGAGUUAGGUGACGUGGAAAUGGGUAGGAUGGUGCACCGGUUUGUUGAGGAGAAUGGGUUUGGGUGGAUGGUCGCGCUCUGCAAUGCUCUCAUUGAUAUGUAUGGAAAGUGUGGAUGCUUGGAGGAGGCGUGGCAUAUGUUUGAUAGGAUGAAGAGGAAGAGCUUGAUCACGUGGAAUGCGAUGAUGAUGGUGUGUGCGAAUCACGGCUAUGCUGAUGAUGCAUUUAGGUUAUUUGAAUGGAUGAUUGGUUCUGGGGUUGUGCCUGACGGGGUGACAAUUCUGUCUCUUCUUGUAGCGUAUGCUCACAAGGGGUUGAUUGAUGAAGGAAUUAGACUGUUUGGGAGCAUGCAGAGGGAAUAUGAUGUGCAACCUAGAAUCGAGCAUUAUGGUGCGGUGGUGGAUAUGUUAGGACGUUCAGGGAGAUUACAGGAGGCAUACGAUCUGCUUACAAGUAUGCCGAUUCCAAGCAAUGAUGUUAUUUGGGGAGCUUUACUUGGAGCCUGCAGGAUUCACGGUGAUGUUGGCAUGGGAGAAAGGGUUAUAAAGAAGUUGUUGGAGUUGAAACCAGAUGAAGGGGGAUACUAUAUUCUUCUUCGUGAUCUCUAUGUUGCUGCAGGCCGGACUGUAGAAGCCAAUGAGAUGAGGCAAGCCAUGCUAGCUAGUGGAGCAAGGAAAAAUCCUGGUUGUAGUUGGGUGGAAGCAUGAACUUUAGAUGUGCAGAAGCAAUCAUUAUGAAAGCAUUUUGAUGCCUCAGUGCAGGCUGUGCACUUAUGCUGUAGAGUUGUCCGCAGGGAAUCUUCCACAUCUCUCAUUUUGCCACUGUAUUGUUGAUAUGAGGAGGAAAUCAACAGAAAAGAUUGGUUGAAUCAUUGUUAGACUGCUUUACAAGAACUUAUAUUGUUAGAUUUUGUCUCGUGUCUCGUUGUCAUUACCAGCUUUAAAGCACUGGCAGUUAGAAUGUCGAUCAACGUGCCUUGCAAAUCAACGGAGCUGAUUGACGUGUCAGGAAAUUUGUUCCAUCUCAACCGUUGAAUUAUCCUCUUCCCUCUAAGUGGAAAUGAAACUUGUGAAUAGUUCCGGUCUUGACAAUCAAGGUUUCUUUCCAAAUGACUUUUCUGGACUGCAUAGUCGUCAGGUUGGCUAGCUACUCUACAUGGUUUUUUGGAUUGUUGUCUUAUAACAGAUGCCUUAAACCAAGCACCGAAAGAAGAUAUUGUACAAACAUGUUGUCUUUUUUCAAUGGAAUUCUUCAUACACCACAUUGCAUUUAAUGUUGGAGAUAUAAGUAGUUGCACCCUCUUUAUUAACUUUUUACUAGCAAAGGCAAAGAGGUAGGACCUUGUAGGAAAAAUCAAGAAAGACGACAUACCAAGGGCUACAAAAAUCAAUGCCCAAUUUUUUGAAUCAAUCUGGAGUUCAGCUGCAGGCUCAUAUAAAGUAUUGACCAUCUUGGAGAUCAUUAAUCCAAACACAGGUAAUAUUGCUCCAUUUGCCACUGCAGCCAUUGUUCCUAUAAGUAAUACUAGGAUCUCAGGCUUGUUUAGAUAAGCUAAGGGGGGAAGUGGUAUCUGUGGAGGUGGCGGUUGUGAGGUUGCAGAAGGAGGAAGUUAACUUCUCCGCCAGAUAUUUCUAAAGGAACAAUUGUUGUAAAAAGUGCAUGUAACACCGAGAAUGAGUGACGGCUAACGUUUCUGACUCCAGAAACUUGGCUUUCAUAUUGCAAGUGUUAAAAUCUUUGGCUUGUAGAAUUUGAAACUUUCUGGUCGGUCAAAGUCACCUAGAAUGAGUGACGACCAACGUUUCCAACUCCAAAAACUUGGCUUAUAUAUUGCAAAUGAGGAAAUCUUUGGCUUGUAGAAUUUGAAAUACUUUCUGGCCAGGGAGAGUCAUUUGCAACAUUUUGUAUUUCUUCCUCCUUUUUAGGCUCUUUUUGGAAAAAAUAGCGGUUGGUUGAUAAGAUAGCUGAUAGUUUAUACCUCA